AUGUUCCAUGUAUCAGGUGCGAUGUUUGCAAUUUCUGCUAACUAUUUGAUCUCAAGCAUUAUCCUCCGUCAUCCAAAGGAGUUUGCCAAAAUUAUGGACCCCAAAAGCACACAAGCACAAAUCUUCAAAAAUACAGGAUCGCCAAAGGACAUAAAAAACUACAUACUAUCAACCUUCGCGGAAGACCAUUCAGGAAUCUCUUCGCUUUCGCGAAAGGCUUCCAAAACGGUUACAAAAGCUUUGUUAGAUUCCGACAAUGACAACGACUCUGAAUCCACUACAAGCGCAUCAUCAUCAUCAUCGUCCUCGUCCGAUAUUGUGGAACCAAAACUGCCAAAGAAACAACAACCACCUUCUAAGAAAAAAGAUUCAUCACCGUCCAUCUCCAAUGAAAAUGUCCAACAACCACCAAAGAGUAAACGACCGAAAACAAAGCAAACUGUAGUAGAAAUCGCGGAAGACAUGGAACAGGACAUCGUCCAGACAAACCUAAAAAAGUAA